AUGAGUAAUAAUAAUAAUAACGGCAAACAAUGGCCACUACGAAAAUCGGGUAAUAAUGUGAGACCGGGGCCGACGGGAAGAGUGGCCACCACCACUUCUCUAAGUAAUGACCGCAACUCAAUCAUCAGAGGACUGGACACUAGCACAGUAUCGACGGCGGCUGAACUGUUGGCCGCUGUUAGACAACUGGUCAAGUCGUGGUCAGAUCCGACACUGACCGACGAUAUGGUCGAAUGGGUUGGCCGUAGUACCAGAUUCGGGCCGACAGCCAAAGGCAAGUCAAAUGUUUUGAUAACGGCCCGUACGGUUGAGGACAAUCGCCAGUUGCUUGCGGGCGCCGACAAGUAUGUCAACACUGGCGACGACGACGGCGGUGGUGGUGACAGCACUGGUAGUAUGAGAUGGGAGUCAUACCGGAGAUAUCAUCGACCACUACAACAACAACAACAACAAUCAGCUGGUGAUAGCAGAGGACAACAUCGGCUAUCAUCAUCACUACCGAGUAAUAAGAUAGAUUACGAUAGACUAUUAGCAUCACUACAAGCAUCGGGUAAUGGCAAUAUUGUUGGCCACAAACAGUCGGCGGCUCAACACCGACACCAUCAUCAACAACAACAGAGAAGACCACCGAUUUAUCAGCCGACAAGAAACGACAUUAAAUCGGUUAUCAGGGGUUUGGAUACUACAGGUGUCGACAAUUUGACUGCAUUUGUCCGUCAAUUGGUCGCCAACUGGAAAGAUCCGAAAGUUAACAGUGCAAUGAUUAUGUCGGUUACGUCCAAUGCCGAUAAGGCGGCCAGUACUGAUCGCGUGACUCUGUUUGUAACGGCAUGCGGUACGGAAGCCAGCCGUGCGCUUAUUGAAACCGGCCAACAGAAUGGUGUCAAUUGGUUGGAAUAUCUGGACCCGAAACAGUUGGUUCAACAACGACGACAACAACAACAAGAGGCCCGUGAAGUUCGUGAAGUGGUCACCAAUAGUAAAUGUAUUUCAGUUAUUCACGGUUUGGAUACUAGCGGUCAAGAAUCGCAAGCUAUGUUGGCAACAGUUCGCCAAUUGGUCGCCGACUGUAACGACCCGACUAUUACAGCCGAAAUGAUCCAAUCGGUCGAACGAAACACAAUAACUGAUAUCGACAAGAGUCCGCCCGAUCUAUUUGUGAUGGCCAGCGAUAUCAAUGCCAACAGUUUAUUACUGAAAACAGUGGCCGAAAAGUAUAACUCGAGCACCGGUAGUAUUAUAUGGUUGCCGCACACGUUUCGCUAUCAUUACGACCCGAUUAAUAGCCAGUCGUAUACACUGGCUAUUACUGGAUUAGACAUUACAGGUGUUACCGAUUUAACCGCUUUUGUCCGGCAAACAGUGGACAAUUGGAAGCACAGUACUUGUACCGGUGCACUGAUAGUAUCGGUAGAGCCGUACGUCAAACAGGUACCCGUUAGCGGUCAGCAGGUGAAGCUAAUGGCCAGGGCUGUCAGUACGUGGGCCAGUCGUCAACUGCAAAAUGCUGCCCGACGUAAACGUCUCAAAUGGUUUAUUGUUGAACACAUGAAUCGAAAUACAACAACAACUGAUCUAUCUAUCGGUAAAAAUAGUAAUAUCAUCGGUAACACCAAUAAUGGUACCGAUAAUGAUGAUGUUAGGGGAUUUAUUGAUAAAUUGAUUGACAAUGAACUGAGCAAUUUAAGUUUAAGUGAUAAAACCAAACAUCAAUCAACAAUUAGUAACGCUAACUUGAAUUGCCAGCUAUGUUUGGCUGAUAUACCCGACAAUAGUAGCCAACAAUUUGACUCAAAAUGUGGACAUCGAUUUUGUCGGGAAUGUUUGGCCUUGUAUUUGGAUUCAAAGAUAACCGAUGGCAGAGUACAUCAUAUCAAGUGUCCGGAUGUCCAGUGCAAUCAAGAUGCCUCCUAUGAGUUAGUUUGUCUACUGUUGAGCCGUAAAUCGCUGGUCAAAUAUCAUAAGCUAUUGUUGAAGAAAACAGUGGAAACAAUGGAUGAUAUGGCUUACUGUCCCAAAUGCAACGAUUCGGUAGAUAUCGAUAAGGCCAGAAAGUUUGGUUAUUGCAAUCAAUGUGACCACUCGUUUUGCUCGGCCUGUCGACGCCCGUAUCACGGCCUACAGCGCGCGUGCAUUGAUUCGGCCGCCGAUGCAGCGGCAGCGGCUCUACUCAGGCAACGGGCGGCCGAAAUCAAAGAGUCCGAGAGUUAUAUUAACUCGCAUUUCAAACAGUGUCCUAAAUGUGGUAUACCCUGUGAGAAAAUUGAUGGCUGCAAUCAUAUGCAAUGUAAAAUGUGCAUGGUACAUUUUUGUUGGCUAUGUUUCGAUGAUAUUACCGACGAGGCGUACCGAAAACGACACUAUCUAUCAAAAUGUAAACUAUUUGAGUAUGAUUUUGAUGAUUAAAAUAUUUAAUACCCGAUUGGAUUACCGGUAAUGAUAAUAAUAAUAAUAAU